AUGGUCACACCUUGCAUUGGCGCGCUUUGCCCCCAGGCUGGCCCCACUGCUGCUGCCCACGGACCUGCUUGUAGCGAGUCGGUUCCUAGCGGGUUCGGGACGCAGAGCGCUGAAGGUGUGGGCACAAAGGAAGAGGGCACAACCGGGGAGGGCGCAAAAAACGGGGGCUGCUGCAGCUGUGGGGUACAGGCGGAUGUGUUGGCGGAGCUACUGGGGGGAGGCGUGGGAAAAGGCUGGGAUGGUGAUGGGCAGGGGGGCGCAGAGGGAAGGGGGGACGGAGAGGGGAAGGGGGGCAGCGAGGUGAAGGGGCGGGACGUGGGAAAAGGGGGCGGAGAAGGGAAGGGGGGCGCAGAGGGGAAGGGAGGCGGAGUGCACGAGAGGGUGGAGAGUCCGAGGGAGGAGGUGAAGAGGAGGGAGGUGCGAUGGAAGGGCAGGGGCGUGGGCGUGGGAGGGAUGAGCGCUGGGAGCAGGGUGAGGAGCGGUGAGGGGAGUGAGGGGAGGAGUGUGGGCCUGAACUUGUAUGAAAGGGCAACAGCUGCUGACUUUGUCAACAGGAAGCAGAUUGGUUCUGGACGGAACGCAGUGGUGUAUGCAGCCUCAUGCGCUAUAACGGGUCACAAGGUGGCUGUUAAGGCGUAUGUCAAGUCUUCUCUAAGUGCUCUGGACAGGCACAGGAUCAACCGGGAGGUGGCACUGCUGAUGACUCUUAAUCACGAGCACAUAAUCCAGUGGCUGGGUCACUUCGAGGACCCCCAGUGCGUGUACCUAGUGCAGGAGUGGGCGUCAGGGGGGGACUUGUUCGAGGAGCUGAGGGCGAGCGGCGGGCACAUGGGCGAGGCGCGCAUUGCCAAGCACAUCCUGCUGCCGCUGCUGUCCGCCCUGCACCACAUGCACACCAAAGGGGUGGUUCACCGGGACCUGAAACCGGAGAACCUACUGUUGACAUUCCACGGUACUCUCAAGGUGUGUGACUUCGGCCUGGCCAUCAAUAUGAAGGAGGAGCGCCCUGCCAGCCGCCUGGGCACGCUGCAGUACAUGGCGCCCGAGGUGGUGCGCAUGGCACGGGGAGGGCAGCGCGGGCGAGGGGGGCAGGGGGGGAGGGGCAAGGGGGAGGAGAAGAGAGGCGGGGCGGAGACACCAAAGGGGACGGCAGCAGCAGGGCAGGGGCAGGUGGUGGAUGGCGCGGGUGCUGUUAGUGGUACGGAGGGUAAAACUGGCGCCUCUUCAAUGCUUGAAGGGGCGUACGAUGAGAAGGUGGACAUUUGGGCAUGUGGAGUGCUGGUGUACGAGCUGGUGAUGGGCCAUCCGCCCUUCGAGGGAGCAUCUGACAUGCACACGGCCACCAACAUCAUGCACCACGACCUCGCGCCUGAUUCCAUGCCGCAUGCCAUGUCGCCCGCCUGCAAGGAUUUCAUCGGUAGAGUUCUUUGCAAGAACCCCUCCGACCGCCCCUCGCUUCUUCAAAUGCUCGACCACCCUUUUGUGUCGGGCCACUGCCGGGGGCGGCCUCUCUUUAAGGAGCCCAUCAGCAUGUCUCGCCAUCUUUCCCCCCACUCGCUUUCCUCCCUCGUCUCCCCUGCCCCCACCGCCUCUUUUAGCUUCCAUCGCCUCUCCCUCUGCAUCGACACCCACAUCCUCGUUAUUGUCACCUGCAUCGGGAUCACCACCAGCAUCACCCCUUCCCACACUCACUGCCUCGCUGACCACCCCUACCGAGUCCAACCAGCCACUCACAUCUGUUGA